AUGUCUUAUCAACAGCAGCAGUGCAAGCAGCCCUGCCAGCCACCUCCGGUGUGCCCACCACCGAAAUGCCCCGAGCCGUGCCCACCACCAAAAUGCCCCGAGCCGUGCCCACCACCGAAAUGCCCCAAGCCGUGCCCCCCUCAGCUGUGCCAGCAGAAAUGCCCACCUGUGCAGCCUUCUCCACCAUGCCAGCCCAAGUGCCCACCCAAGAGCAAGUAA